AUGAAACUCUCGGUGAGUUGGCCCUAUACUCAUGCCUGGUGUCAAGGAUACGCUUCUAAUUCAGACGACCAGGUCGUCCUGCCACCUCCGUUAAGUUUUCCGAUUCUUGGUCCCUUCGACGUACCUGACGCAUCACCUCCGACUUUCCAUCAACUUCUGUUGGUGCUGAACUAUAUCUUCAUCGCUGCAAUGCUUCCUGAAGAUGAUGCGGCCAUAUGGCGAAUUGUCUUUCGUCAAUCAGCUGACUGGGAAAGAGAGUUUGUCUUGCAGUAUGAUAAACUCUUAUGGUGGCUGAUCAGUAUAUGUGAUGCUUUGACCGAUUCCCGUUGCUUGCAGACGGUGUCUCUAGAUGACCUAGAGUUGCAGGCUCGGUGGAUGAUUUUCAUGCUUGGGACAAAAGCGCUGCCUGGCUCGAGCUUUCUACAAGAAUGCUUUCAAACCAAAAUGUAUCCGUAUCGGCCAUUUGGCGCGAGAGCAAGCAUCGCAUUAGUCUGUCUUGCCUUUACGGGAUUGCAACCGAGAGACCUCAAAGACUAUGAGUCCAAAGACAUCUGGCCGAGUGCUGAGCCUUUCUACACGCUGAUGGCUUCCAGACUGAGCUAA